GAGAGCGCCAGUAUUGAUUGGGGGCAGCGGGGAGUCAGGCGCCAUCCCGCGGGCCACCGCGUCAGGGCCGACGUAACCGUAGGUUUUCCGCGAACACCGAAAAGAUGGUCAUGAUGGCUGGAAUGGACGAUCACGAGCGGAAAGUAGUCGUCGAGUUCUGCCACCUCCUCGAGAAGAGCAAACAGUUGUUCAACGGGCUCCGCGACCUGCCCCAAUACGGUCACAAGCAAUGGCAGGCCUACUUCGGGCGCACCUUCGACAUCUACACGAAACUAUGGAAGUUCCAGCAGCAGCACAGGAUAAUUCUCGACACGAAGUACGGAUUGAAGCGUUGGCAGAUCGGGGAGAUAGCGAGCAAGAUCGGACAGCUGUACUACCACUACUAUCUGAGGACCAGCGAGACCAGCUACCUCCACGAGGCUUACUCGUUUUACGCGGCCAUAAGGGGCCGCGCUUACUACAGUCGGGCUGCCAAGGAAGACAGGUCCGACCUGAUGGUAAAGAAGCUGCGGUACUACGCAAGGUUCAUCGUCGUGUGCUUAUUGCUGAACAAGAUGAAGCUGGUCCGGGAAUUGGUGCAGGAACUUGACGCCCAGAUAGCGGACUACACCAGCACCUACGAGCCCGAAGACCAAGUCGAGUGGAACCUCGUACUCGACGAGAUAAAGGCCUUCGUCAAGGCGGAGGCGGCGGUCGGGGUUCUCCACGCGGACGCGAACCCCGUUGUCCUGACCCACCGACUCGGCCCCCUGACCUCGCCGCCCGUAGAACGUUCACCACCCAUGUGCCUAUCUCUGCAGGAGAUCCUGAUCGUCGGCAACUGUUCCGACCAAGUUAAGUUCAGCGAAUUGUCAAUGGACAUGUUCAGGAUGCUGCAGACCCUCGAGAGGGAACCCAGGGAGGAUCCGACCCACCUCCACGACGCCUCGCCCGCCGGAAGGCUGCCUUUUAGGCCGGGACCCUACCCCGCCGAAAACGGGGCCCCGCGCCGCGACAACCCCCACAAGUAUCUACUCUACAAGCCAACCUACAGCCAGGUCCAGGUAUUCCUGGCGAGCGGGUUCAAGGAGCUGCCCGCGAACGGGGCCCUGCUUCUUUACCUCUCGGCAGACGGCUGCUUCUCGACCGUCAAACAGCCGGAAGAGAUGGGGUACGACCUGGGGGGAGUUUCUACGAGCAGUAAACGCGAUCCGGAACACGGGAAGAGGCCAACGGGGGGCAAGGAGCCCCACUGUCUUUACCCCGGUGACCUCUACCCCUUCACACGGAAACCUCUUUUCGUCGUCGUAGACUCGGACAACAGUUUCGUGUUCCAACAGAUACCUCGGUACUUUGGACAACCGCUGAUGGUCCUGAUGUCGCCUCAAGACACACCGCCGACCUUGAGGGACCUUCGCCACGGGGGAAGCCUGUUCACUCUAUUCCUCCACGCGCCUCUCGCCGCAUUCUGCCUUAUUUGCAACGUGGGUAGCCUUCCCAUUCACCAUUGGGAUCGAUGCCAGACCUACGUAGAGCGUUUCCUGGUCGAGGCUAGCCGCCUGGUUACGCGUUCGCGAUGCGAAACCAGCGUCCUGCAAUUCUUCGGUGAUGAUUUUCUGAGGCUGCUCCUUGUCCGCUAUGUGUUCUGCGACGUGGUCCUGCACCUGCACAGGUCCUUCCGAGGACGCCAACAACGGCCCCGGUGUCAUCCACCCCUUCCGGAAGCGGAAGUCCUCGAGCAUCCAACUCUGCACCACUUUGUUCUAGACCUAGCGGCCUGCAUCGAUGCUCGCGACCAUUUCCCCGACAGCAGCGAACUCGCCUGACCCCGGCGUCCCUCCUACCCGGCCAUCAACACAACCACCUCCUUGCCUCCCUACCACGAUCAUUAUAACUAUUGCAAUUACAAUUACAACUACAAUAAAAUCGUUACAUUGAGACCUCA